CUUGGAAGUGAUCAGAACAAAAGCCUCUAAAGUGUAGUUUUAAAAAGUGUUUAAGUGAAGUGAAAAAAUGGUGAAAUAUUGCUAAACGUGAAGUGAACAGUGAAUGAUAUAAAAAUGUGGUUAAAAUCCACCUGCAUUGCACUGUAUGUGCUGUUUUGGGUGUUUUACUGUGUUGAAGGUGGAUUUGAUGAUCAGGCCAAAAUACUCGCCACCAAUGGGCACAUUAUUAUCGAAUCGGCACAGGACAGGAAUAUUACCUUCUACAUGAAGGGAAGCGGGCAUCUGAACAUCGGCGGGCUAAGCAUUGAGCAAGUGUUGCGAACAUUGUCCAAAAUGAUGAUCGAUGGACGACCGUCAACCGACAGCCAACCCUUUCUGCCCGGCGGCAGUGUGGCCGAUCAGGUGCAGCUGCUUGCGACGUACGUCAGCGGUCCUUAUGGGUUGAUAAAGCGUGUUGAAACCCUCGAACAGCAAUCUUCAUCACGAAAUGUAACACAGAUGAAUCCCCGUAUCGGUGCGCUUGCUCGGCGCGUCCGCAAUGUGGAAACGAAGGUGGCUCUCCUGAUGUCCACGCUGCAGGUAAACCGCUGUACCAGUGGACCCUGUCAGAACGGAGGCACCUGUAUCGCUCAGUACGACUCGUUCAUGUGCCUGUGUCCGAGCAACUGGGAGGGCCAGACGUGCACGACGGACGUGAACGAGUGUGCACUGUUUGCGGGCACCGAUCUGGGCUGCCAGAAUGGAGCGACGUGUAAGAACAUACACGGUGGCUACACCUGCAUGUGCCCGGACGGGUGGCGUGGCAUCCACUGCAACACCCGGUCGCAGGACUGUGCCACUGCUGGGGCCGAUCUGUGUGGUCAUGGUACGUGCGUGCAGGCGAAGGAUGGCUACCGCUGUAUCUGUGAUCAAGGCUGGAAGACGAACGGGCUGACGCCGGCCUGUUCGGUGGAUGUGGAUGAGUGUAGCGAAUCGAAGCCACACUGCUCGAAGGACCCGGAAGUGAGCUGCAUCAAUUUGCCGGGCUCGUUUGUUUGUGGUCCGUGUCCGGCGGGCUACAGCGGGAAUGGGUUCUACUGCGUCGACAUUGAUGAGUGUGAAACGAAUAACGGAGGCUGCAGUACGUCGCCUUCGGUACAGUGUAUCAAUACGAGGGGAUCGUAUCGUUGUGGGAACUGUCCAGCGGGCUACACUGGCGAUGGAAGGACGUGUUUGGCGCAGGGUAACCGGUGUACACAGGGGCUUUGCCAUCCGAUGGCCCGAUGUGUGGAUUAUGGUAGUGCUGUGCCGAACUGCAUCUGUCUGCCUGGCUACAUUGGGUCCGGGUUUGGCCCGAACGGAUGCUAUCGCUCAUCAAUGAAUCCUUGUGCCAGUGCUCCGUGCAGGAACGGUGGCACAUGCACGAAGAUUGACGCACAAAACUACAGCUGCGCCUGUCCACCGGGAACCAAUCCACCGAACUGCAUGCGCACGACAUCACCCUGCGAAUCGAAUCCGUGCCAAAACGGUGGCACUUGCGUGGGUUCCAGUGGCACCAGGAACUUUUUGUGCCGCUGCCCGGCUGGCUACACCGGGCUACGGUGUCAAACGCCUACGCGAACCUGCGGUGGCAUCCGCUUCCAAAUGUCCGGCACGCUGCGGUAUCCCGAGUUUAACGGCACGUACAAUCACAAUGCGCGUUGCGCCUGGCUGAUCAAGACGAACGAAACGCAGGUCCUGAACGUGACGUUCACACAGUUCAGCUUGGAAAAUCCGGUCAGUUCGGGGGAGUGUAAGUACGACUGGCUACAGAUACACGACGGACGCACGUCGGCCGCCCAAAUCAUUGGCCGGUUCUGUGGCAACGAGCUACCGCGUGGUGGUAACUUCCAGUCCACACAUAACAUGCUCUAUCUGUGGUUCCGGUCGGACAACGCGACAGCGCACGAUGGGUUCCAGCUGCGGUGGGAAAGCAUCGACCCGGUCUGCGGUGGCACGAUAGCGGCGGUCAGCCAUGGGCUUAUAGCUUCGCCCGGCACGCCCGGUAACUAUCCUCCAAAUCGGGACUGCAAAUGGUAUCUGCAGGCACCGCAGGGUCGUCGCCUGCAGUUCACCUUCUUCACGAUGAAGAUCGAGGUGCACGAAACCUGCGGCUUCGAUUAUCUGGAGAUUACCGAUGGGUUGCGGGAUGAAGGUACACUGCUAGCCAAGUACUGCAACACCUCCCAUCCGCCACCGCUGAUCACACCGAGCAAUGAGGCGACGGUACACUUCCACAGCGACGAGAGCGGCAAUGAUGCCGGCUUUCAGAUUCAUUACGCGGUCGUAGAAGGCGUGCCCGGAUGUGGUGGGACGUAUACGCAGCGGGAGGGCGUGAUCAGUUCACCCCUGUCGCAAACGGACAACGUGUAUCCGAACAAUCUGAAUUGUGAGUAUCUGAUCAAGCAACCAGUCGGAAGUCGGGUGGAGAUCCGGUUUAGCAAGUUCCAUCUGGAGCAAAGUGAGGCUUGUAAGUUCGACUAUCUGGAGAUCUUUGACGGGCCCAGCACUGAGGAUCCCUCGCUCGGAAAGUUCUGCGGUGAUCGGAUGCCGCCUCUUUUCACCUCGACCGGGAACGCACUGAUGCUCAAGUUCCACACCGACUGGUCGGCACCGAACCCGGGCUUUAGCUUGCUGUACAAGAUUAAGUGCGGCGGUACGUUUACCGAUCCCGCGGUGGAGCUAAUAUCGCCCUCGUACCCGCAGAUGUACCCAUCCGAUCAGCUGUGUGACUACGUCAUUCACGCACCGCUCGGUAAGGCGAUCGUACUCGACUUUCAGGACUUUGACUUUGAGAAGAACAGCUUCCCCAAGUGUGAGCUUGACUAUGUGGAGCUGUACGAUGGACUGCUGCCAACUAACGAGACACUGCUUGGGCGGUACUGCAGCACCAAAGCACCACCUCAGACGAUCUCGUCGAAAAAUGUGCUUCUGCUACGGUUCGUGUCGGACGGAUCGGUGUCGGGGCGCGGUUUUAAGGGCAACUUCUCCUUCCACGACGUCAGCUGCGGCGGCGUGCUGAUGCGUGAAGACACCAUCAUCCGAUCGCCGAUGAUCGCCGAGACGGGCAAGUAUCAGCACGAUGCGCAGUGCGAGUGGAUUAUUGUGGCGCCGGCGGGCCACGCAGUGCAGCUGACGUGGAACAGCUUCGAGCUGGAGGUGAGUGCUUGGUGCGUGUACGACUACGUGCAGGUGUUCGACAACUCGUCGAUGGCGAACAGUUUGGUCGGGCGGUACUGCGGUACGGAUAAACCGCCAGCCAUUACCAGCACCGGCAACAUGGUGACGAUCCGGUUCGUGACGGACUCAUCCUCGUCGAAGGAUGGCUUCAGCUUGUCCUUUAACUUUAUCGAUGUGGAAAAAUCUUGCGGUGGCAACUUCUUCGCCACGAGCGGCAUCAUCCGUUCGCCCGGCUGGCCCAAAAACUACCCCUCCAACAAGGUGUGCGAGUGGGUCAUCACCGUGCCGAUGGGCCAGCAAAUUAUGCUGCUCGUGCACUCAUUCAAGAUGGAGAAGCACAGAAUAUGCCGGUUCGACGGGCUCACGAUACGCAACGGUGGCACGCAGAACGCACCACUCAUCGGAAACUAUUGCGGGGAGGACAACUUCAACGGUACGAUCUCGUUCAGCCACCAGCUGUACCUGCGCUUCUACUCGGACAGCUCGCGCAACUACGCCGGCUUCAUGAUCGAGUGGGACUCGGCCACGACCGGUUGCGGCGGAAUACUGACCUCACCGCGCGGUUCCAUCAUCUCCCCGAACUAUCCGCUUCCGUACGGGCAGAACGCGCUCUGCACCUGGCGCAUCUCGAUGAGCCAAGGCUCGGCCAUCCACAUUGUGUUCACCGAUAUGGACAUGGAAUCGCACAAGGACUGCCAAUACGACUAUCUGGACAUUUACGACGGUAUCGAUACGAGCGGCCGCAAGCUCGGUCGGUUCUGCAGCGCAGAAACGGACCCGAUCGUGCUGGACACGGACACCAACCACGCGAUCAUUCGGAUGCGCACGGACGAGACAAACCAGCGGCGCGGCUUCCAGCUGAAGUACAACAUCCUUUGUAGGCGAAAUCUGACCGGGUACGGAGGAGUGAUUGAGUCGCCUAACUUCCCGAACGAGUACUCUGCCUCGAUGGACUGCCGGUGGACGAUCCGCGUACCGCCGGGGAAUAAGAUCAAUCUGGAGUUUUCCCACUUUGACUUUGAGUCGAUCACGCAGCAGACAGGGAGCAAUGCGACGCACCAACGCUGCCCGUUCGAUUACGUCGAGCUGCAGGAGAUGGGUACGGGUGAUCUGCCCGUCGCACGGCGCUACUGUGCCAACAAACCGCCCCCGAUCGUUAGUAUGGGCCGGUCGAUCGAUCUGAUCUUCCACACGGACUCGAGCGGCGAGCAGAUGGGCUUUCGGGCGGAAUGGUCUAUUAAUGGGUGCGGCGGUUUGCUGACCAAACCAUGGGGGUCGUUCACCUCGCCGAACUACCCGAACCAGUACCCGAAGGAGACAGAGUGCCACUGGACGAUCCGGGUGGAGCCGGGCAAGCGGAUCGAGCUGGCAGUGGAUGACUUCCACAUGGAGACGAACGAUCAGUGCCGGUUCGACGGGCUGCACAUUGCGAACGAUGCGAACUUUACGCAGCAGGUUACGAAGAUCUGUCACGAGCAGCAGGAACCGGUACAUCUGUCCAGCAGCGGGUCAGAGCUGUUUGUGAAGUUUUACAGUGACAGUACGUUCACGUACAAGGGUUUCCGGGCGAAUUACAGGACAACGGAUGCAAAAUGUGGCGGUAAGAUCACACUGCACGAGGGUUUCAUCAGCUCACCCAACUAUCCGUCCAACUACCCUGCGAACGCGUCCUGCCAGUGGCUCAUCCAGACGGACGCUACGCACACGCUCCAACUCCGCCUCAAGUCGCUAGCGAUCGAACGUUCGCCCAACUGUAUCAAUGACUCGCUGCAGGUGUACGAUGGCAGCGUCGCCUCCGCCGACCAACUGCUCCUGACGUCCUGUGGCAGUGAACCGAACGUGACGUCCGUUUCGUCUACCGGGCACGAGAUGCUGGUCACUUUCAAAUCAAACGAACGCAUGGAAGCGAAAGGAUUCCAGGCAGAGUUCAUGACGAAUUGUGGAUCACGCAUCGAAGUGAAACGGCCGGGUAAUAUUCUGCUCAACAAAGCGCACAAGAUGUCAUCGGACAACUGCACCUGGGUGCUGAUAGCGCCGGAACCAACGCAGCGCAUCACGCUGACCAUCGCACAUCUGAGCGUAAUGGACCUGGAGGGCGACUGCUUUGCCAGCGUGACCGUGUACGACGGCGAUAGCACGGAUGGGCCGAAACGUUUCGAAGGCUGCGGACACAAGAUUCCGCCGGCGAUCGUGAGCAAUGGCAAUGCGCUAACCGUGCUCGUUAGCUCCGAGGACUUGCUGCUGAGCAAGAUCGACAACCUGUUCGUGGAGAUGGCGUACACUACCAUUGAAAAUGCCUGCGGUGGACGCUUGACGGCACUGAUGGGUCAGUUUGCUUCCCCGAACUACCCGAACACCUACCCACUGAACGUUGAGUGCGUUUGGAAGCUGUCCGCUUCGCCUGGCAACAAGAUGUCGCUGUUCUUCACGGAGCUGGAUAUUGAACCGUCGGAUGACUGCAACGGUGACUAUCUGGAGGUACGCGAGCGUGAUGAAAAUGGCCCCCUGCUGGGUGACUUCUGUGGCAACCAGGUGCCAACGAAUCUGACCGAAACGAGCAGCUUCUGGGUCAAGUUCCGCUCGAACGGCGCGGGCGUUGCCAAGGGAUUCCGGGCGGAGUACUCUUACGAUACGAUGAGUGAGAUCACCGGUACGAGUGGUACGAUCACAUCUCCAAUGUAUCCUAGAAGCUACGCCAGGGCGGAUAACAUUGCGUGGCGCAUUACCGUGGACAUUGGGUCUGUGAUCGCGAUCUCCUUCAACAGAUAUGCGAUCGAUCGUCACACGGAUGAUCCACUGAUGUGUGAUGGCGCUUUGCGGAUAUACGACGGGUACGAUGAGACGGCUGCCUCCCUGCUCACAGGCUGCGGCUACAUCAAACCGGACCCGGUCACUUCUACCUCGAACGUGGUGUACAUCCUGCUCGAUCACUCGGACGUUAUGGAAUCGUCAUCGUUUUCGCUGAGCUGGCAGCAGAAGUUCGUCAGCAGCGCGGUCAACAUCCCCGUCAACAAUGAGUACUUCUGCGACGGCCAUGCGACGAUCGUGCUGAACAGCACCGACACCGUACAAAAUCUCACCUCCCCGGGCUACCCGAACGGCUACACCAAUGGGCUAAACUGUAGCUGGAUCUUCCAGUCCGCCCUGCCGCUUUACCAUCCCUUUUUGGUGCUAACCUUUGUCGAUCUGGAAGAGUCGAGCGACUGUCUGGCGGACUACAUCGAGGUAUUCCACUCGUCCGAUCUCGCCACGUGGCGAUCGUACGGGCGCGUCUGCACCUAUUUCCUGCGCGUUGCGAACAAGUUCCACGGCUCGCCGCACCUGAAGGUGGACUUCCGGACGGACUACUACCAAAAUCGGACCGGCUUCACCGGGUCCGUGUUUCUGCGCUGCGGCGGCCUGCUUACCGACCCGAACGGGGUCAUCACGCAGCCAAACGCGUUGCCGCUAAUACCGCCCGCACCGAGCCCGAUCGGGCGGCCCGAACUGAUGGACGCGUGCAGCUGGAACAUCAGCGUCCGGGCGGGGCGUACGAUCGAGCUUACGUUCGAGCAGCUCAACAUAACCUCGGUAGCGACGCCGUACGCGAACAAAGGCUUCGUCGCCAUUAUGAACGGUAUCGAUGACCAUUCGCCACUGAUCGGGCGGUACUCGGGCACGGAGCUGCCGGGGCCGAUCAAAACCAGCAGCAACCGGGCGUUCGUGCAGUACCGGCCGAGCGACACCGGUGCGAACCGGUUCCGGCUGGUGUACCGCGAGGUCGGCAUCGAAUGUGGGGGCGAUCUCGUGCUGACCGCGCAGUCCAACUCGACGAUCAUCGCGACACCGAACUACCCGAACGUGCCGCCACCGCACACGGAGUGCUUCUGGAAGGUGCUGGCACCGGCCGGCGAGCUGCUGCGCGUCGAGCUGCUCAGCCAGAUGCUGCUGCCCCGGAUGCCCGGCUGCCGGUCGGAGUACGUCCAGCUGCGCGAAGGGCUCACCUCCCAGGCGCCGGAGCUGCUGCACUCCUGCACCGGCGAUCUGACCAAGCGCAUCAUCACGCGCACGAACGCGCUGCAGGUGAAGUACUUUAACGAUCGCGUCGAACCGAACAGCGCCGUUCAGCUGCGCAUUUCGCUGGCCAAGUGUGGCGGCGUGCAGCGCGGUUCGCACGGUACCAUCACGUCGAAAAACUUCCCCCAGCCGGGCGGUUAUCCGGUGCCGGCCGUGUGUGAGUACUACAUCCAGGAGGGACAGUACGGCAUGAUGCAGCUCACCUUCGAGGAUCUGCACCUGCCGAUAAAGGCGAACUGUAGCGGCCAGGAUCACGUGCGCAUCUUCUCCAUUCUACCCGCACCGAACGAAACGGAGAUCGAGCUGGGCAAGUUUUGCGGCCAGGAAGUGCCGAAGCAACCGAUACUGAGCGUGGUACCGAACGUGAAGAUCGUCUUCACCGCCAACACGCCCAAUCCGAUCUUCCGGGGCUUCAGGCUGAACUACGCCGUCAACUACAGCCGCUGCAGCCACUCGCUGGUGGGCGAAUCGGGCGAGUUCGCGAGCAACGGGUACGGUGAGCCGAUGCAGCCGUUUUCAUUCUGCGAGUGGCGCAUCACCGUGCCGGCCGGGCGGCGGGUGAAGGUCGAGUUUAUCGAUCUGGACAUAGCGGACCAGGCCGUACCGUACCCGUGGUUCCAGCGGCUGUCCUUCUACGACGGGCUCAACUACCAGGUGCGCAUCAAGGCCGUAACGUCGAACGACAAAACGACACCGAUCUACUCGAGCGACAACCGGAUGAUGGUGCAGUACCUCUCGAAAGCGAUGACCGGGCGGCGCGGCUUCCGAUUGCGCUACUCCAGCGACGAGUCGUCGCUGUGCGAGGGCAAUCUAGACGGCUGGCAGGGUAGCAUCAACAGCCCGGUCAACGUAACGACGGCGGUGUGCACGUACAAGCGCACCGACCCGACGCUGUCGCGCGAUCCAAGCGCAGAACCCAACGUUGGCACGCUGGCGCUCAACUUCCGCGAGGUGUAUGCCGGUCCGUCCGAGCGGAUGUGCGUGGACAUUACGCGCAGCGCCACGCCGAUCGGUGGCACGAACGUGCUGAAGAAGCUGUGUGUAAACGCGACCAACGUGGUGGUAGUGUCGCCUUUCCACACCGUCAUCAACACGGCGCAGGCGGCGUACAGCGGUGUGCUAGCGUUCAGGAUGGACUAUCGCGUGCACCAGUGUGGCGGUGUGUACGGAUCCAUCCCCAACAUCAGCUACCCGGUCGGGUUGGAACCGUACGGACGGGACGGCCUACACUGUGCGUGGUACGUGACCUUCCCGGACCAGACGCUGAUCAGCGUUGCGUUCGAGCGGUUCACGCUUCAGCAGCCCUGCGACCAGGAGUACCUGCUCGUCUACAACGGUCCCGGACCGAGCAGCCCACUGCUCGGGCGGUUCUGCAAAGACUCAGCGCCACCCACCGAAGGUAUCGUUACCCAGCGGCACCUCCUGUUCGUCGAAUAUCAUACCGUGCCGGCCAACGGGUCAUCCGGUAGUGCGGGUUCGGACUUUGAGCUGCGCCUUAGCAGCAAAAACUUUGGCUGUGGCGGUACACUGCACACCGGCUCGCCAACGUUUGGAUCAGCGCUCAAGGACGGGAAGUAUCUGCCCGGGCAGGAGUGCAUCUGGUUGCUGCAGGCGAACGCGGGUCAACAUAUUGGUGUUCGGUUUACGGGCCGCUUCAACCUGCAGACGAGUCCCAACUGCACCAAAGACUACGUGGAGCUGUUCGAUCAGCAGCGCAACCGGGAGUGGGUUAGUUUGGGCCGGGUGUGCGGAAAGGAAGUACCGCCCAGCUUCAACUCAUCCGGCACGGUGAUGAAGGUGGUGUUCCGAACCGACGAAUCGAUCGAGGGCGAUGGUUUUACCAUUCAAUGGAACUCGAACUGUGGUGGAAUAUUCUACGCCGAGCAGGAGACCAACGUCAUCGUCAGCCCGAACUAUCCGGCCAAGUACAACAACAUGCAGGUGUGCAACUACACCAUCCUGGCGAACACGUCCGAUGCUGGUAUCGAGUUUAACUUCCUCGACUUCGACCUGGAGGACUCGGUGGUCACAUCCGUGUGCUCGUACGACAACCUCACCGUCUACCGGAAGCUGGAGUACGCCGAACCCAUCACCUGGGAAAAGGUGGGCACGUACUGUCGCAAAACUCCCCCGGCACGGUUCCGCGUGAAGGAUCGGGCCGCGAUCGUGUUCCGCACCGAUCGGUACAUACAGGCGCGCGGGUUCCGGUUCGAGUACCGGCUCGACACGUGCGGCGCAAACAUUACGAGCUCGCGGCGCAUCGAAAGCCCCGAACAGCCCCCGGACGGUAUGUACCGGCCGGCCCUGGUCUGCCGCUGGUACAUCGACAUCCCGCAGGGCCAAAAGGUGACGGUACGCUUCGAAACGCUCGAGAUGGACCACACAGAAUCGUGCUACUUCGACAUGGUCGAGGUGUACCGGGGGCUGGAACAGACCCCGGACAAGCGGUUGGCGCUGCUGUGCGGCAAUCUGACCAGCCACGCGCCGGCGAUCGCGAUCAGCGGCACCCGGCACGGUAUGGUUUCGUUCAAGACGGAAUCGUUCUCGACCUCGCGGGCCAAGAUGACGGCGCUGGUACUGUACUCGCCCGACUGCGACAAGCACAUUACGCUCGACGAACGGACGCCCAGCUACCGGCUGAACGUGAUCGGCAGCGGGAACGAUCGUGUGCAGGACUGUCAGUACGUGUUCCGCGCACCGAGCGGCUACACGCUGCGCAUCGUGUUCGAUCAGUUCCACGUGGGUUCGGCACGCAAUGCCACGAACUGUACGGACGAUUACGUCGAGCUGCGGGAUGGCGGUAGCGUGUUUUCGAUGCUGCUUGGCCGGUUCUGCGGCAAUGAGCGUGUGAAUGCGCAGUCCAGCUUCGGUUCGACGUUGCAUCUGCGCUAUGUGACGGAUUCUGCGCUGCGCGGUACGCUGUUCGAUGCGACCGUUACGAUGGUUCCGUCGCUUUGCGGCGCGAUGAACCGGAAUCUGACGGGCGGUGCGAUCGUGACGCUUAAUACGCCCAACUUUGGAGGCAGCGGCAAGUAUCCGCCGAACGCCCGGUGCUUGUGGCUGCUGGAGGCCGCACCCGGGAAGCAGAUUGAGAUACAGUUCCUCACGAUGGAUCUGCAGCAGUACGAUGAGGGUGGCCGAGAGUGUAAAGACUACAUCGGCAUUCGGGAUGCUACUCUAAAGUCAAUCAUUUACGAAGGUCUCGGGGAUUCACUCAUUUUCAACGGUGGCAGCAGCAACAAGGCCAGCUUCUAUCACGGUUCGCGGUACGCCAACGCGUACAACAUCUACUGCGGUAGCAACUAUCUGCCCAGCCCGUACGUAUCGAUCACCAACCGGGUGUACGUGAGCUUCGAAAGCGACGGCCAGAUUGAGGGCAAGGGCGUCUCGCUGCGCGUGCACGAGAGCAGCGUGUGCGCCAAAAACUAUACCGCUCUGCAGGGCCGCAUCGUGCAGAACGAAUUGCAGAAGGAUCAGCAGUGCACGAUCACGGUGCAGGUGCCGCACAACUACACGAUCGCGCUCUACUUCAACAUGUUCUACCUGUACAACGUGGACUGUGCGGUGCACGCGCUCAAGGCGUACGACGGUACGCACGAGUCGGCCGACCGGCUGCUGGGCGAGUACUGCAACUUUGCCACCCCGAACCCGCUCUUUACGACCGGCAACGUGCUGCGGCUCGUCUUCCCGGCGACCGACCGGGAGCUGGUGUCGCUGCAGCUCGAUGCGACGUACGUUGCUACCGACCAGGGCCAGGGUUGUGGUGGCGAGCUGUACAACUAUGGUGGCGUGUUUACCAGCCCGCUCUAUCCGGCCAACAAUCGAACGCGCAUGGAAUGUCUGUGGACGGUGACGGUGCCGAACAAUCUGCUCGUGGCGUUGCGCUUCGAGGUGUUCGAUCUUGGCAGCAAGUCGUCGUGUGCGACCGACUAUCUGCAGGUGCUGGACAGGGAGGAAGAUCCAAAAGCGCCGAAGGCGGACGACGGUCAGGAGAAGGUCGUACGACAGCACUGCGGCGGAGAAAGCCCGGCCAACUACAUCAGCACCGGCAGCACGAUCCGGGUGCGUUACAAGAAGACGCAAAACUUUGCCGGCGUCGGAUGGGUUAUCAAGUUUAUGGGAGUGGAGAAGGGUGUAGGGGUGAAUGAUUAUUAAUCGGUUUGAGGGAGGGGUUUCUUUCAUUGCUUCGCUUAAAAAAUAGCUUAUAGUUGGUUAGCUUUUUUAUUCUUCUUUUCGGUUGGAGAUUGGAGACAAAGGAGGGAUUCAAAACUGACAUAUCUUUCAGUUGCGUCUGCCUUCUGUUCAUCAAACAGCUAACGAUCAUCCAAAUCCGAAUGCUAUACAGUAGCAGCAGCAGAAUAACUGGCUAAAUGUAACAUGCCUGCAUCUGUCAUGUAAUAAAACAAAUAUAUUUACAAUACCUUA